GCGUCGGGUGAAGCACCAAAAAAGGGAAUUCGAAAAAAAUGAAACGCGUCACUGUCACGAAAUUUCGUAUAGGACCUUGAAUUCGUCUCAGAUCUAUCUAGGGACGAAUAAACACCUUUUCCUUUCUUUUCAUUUAAAAGGAUGGAGCUCAGAAAAGUUCUGCUACCAAAUUCCAUCAGUGUCUUCGCGCCUUCGAAGAAUCAAUCCAGCUCCAUGCACGGAAACACGCGUCAGGAUACAUUGUUCGCGUUCGAUGAAGGCCAAUUUGCUUUUACUACUCAAAGUUAUCCAGGACGAAGUUACUCUUCCGCUUCUAGUUCAUCUUCAGAAUACUGGAAUUACACUUCAUCCUCUUCGUCGUACCCCUCGUACAGUGGUUCUUUAUCUUACGGAUCAUCCCAGAAACCGUCGCGCUCUUGGUCCAAUGAUUCAGGCCCUGGUGUAGAGGCUUCCUUUCCUCGUAAUGUCAAUUCCUACGAUGCCUCUCUGCGAAGCACAGAUUUGCGCCAACAUUCGAUCUACAAUACAAACGUGAAUUUAUGGUCUCCUCCUCAGCUCUCAUCUCAGUGGUCGAACACAGGUGUUCCUGACCAAUCGUGGAGAAACAUGUCAAUGCCCGGUAUCGAUUCAUUCGAAGAAACUAAACCUAUUAUACACCACAAUCACGUCUCUGUCAGCUCAUGCUCCCCCUUGUCUACAAUAUCUUCACCUUCCCCGUCGCCUUCACCGAUACAUACUACUCCUAUUACCACUCCUAAACUCGGUCGAAGGCCUAGCGCCACUGGCACCGCCAAGGUAUGCGCUCACUGUCACGCUACCUCUACACCGCUGUGGCGACGAGAGCCUGCAACCCUUCGAACACUCUGUAACGCGUGCGGCCUCUACUUACAGCAGCGGAAUAAGCUCCGACCGCAAGAACUUAUCGACGCUGAUGGUGACGAUGAAUCAGAAAGUUCGUCAGAGCAUGAUGGAACGGGACCUGAGUGUUCUCAUUGUCAUACUCACCAUACCUCGGUGUGGCGCAGAAGUAAAACUGGCGCUCAGCUCUGCAAUGCCUGUGGGGUUUAUGUCAGACUUCGAGGCAAAGAUCGACCUUUGUCCUUGAAACGGAACAAGAUUAAACCUCGUACAAAGCACCCCAAGCCCUCUCCAGAGCUAGAGAAGCAUUCAUAGUCCCGUUUUCUUCCAUUAAAAUCACAAAACAUUGCGGAUACCCAUUUUUUAAAAUCUCAAACAUUUGUAUGUAUCACAACAGCUUCGUCAACGAGGAAAAUGUACUUGAUUGCUCGCUUGAAAUUGAGGAACUCUGGUAUAUUUAGUAGCCAAGAGAGGCGUACAUAUUAGGAAGGCGUGGAUCGUAAAAACGCUCACAGCUUUUGCUCCGCAACGAAUUUGUUCCGAUCAAAUUUGGUUUGGUCCUCCUUGUUCCUUCGUCGGAGUUUCACUUCUUAAAAGGUCCAAGUUUUUUGCAAUUUCGCUCGAGUUCUGAUAGUGUUUUGAUUUGUUCUGAUAUGUUCUGAUCGUCUCUCGC